AUGCCUGUUAAUGAAUUGAAUCAAAUAGUAGCCGAACCAAUCCCGGACUGGGAACCAAGACCACAUCCAGAAAAUGUCACUUUGGAAGGUAAAUUAUGUACAAUUGUCCCAUUAGACCCUGAAAUACAUUGUCCAGUACUUUUCGAAGCUUAUCAAUUGGAAAAAGAUAAUGGUAUGUGGACUUUCUUACCAUUUGGUCCAUACAAGAAUGCUGAUGAACUUACCGAGGCUUUUGAUCACUGGAUGAAGACAAAAGAUGAUACAUAUUUUGCUAUUAUUGAUAACAAGACUAAGAAACCUGUUGGACAAUAUUCUUUGAGAAGAUGUGAUCCAACAAACGGUGUAGUUGAAGUUGGUGGUGUCAUCUUCUCACCUCUUUUAAAAAGAAGUAGGACUGCUACAGAGGCUCAUUAUCUGUUAGCCGAAUAUGUAUUUGAUACUCUUCAUUACAGAAGAUAUGAAUGGCAAUGUAAUAGUUUGAACAAACCAUCUCACAAUGCAGCAGUGAGAAUGGGAUUCCAAUUCGAAGGUGUUCAUAGACAAAUAUCUGUUGUAAAAGGUAGAAACAGAGAUACCCAUUGGUUGUCUAUGUUGGAUCAUGAAUGGCCAGUGUGUAAGCAAGCCUUUGAGAAAUGGUUAGAUGAUUCCAAUUUUGAUGCAGAUGGUAUGCAAUUACAACGUCUACAGGAGAUUAGAGUAUCUUUAUCCACAUAA